AUGGAAAUAUUUAAUUCCAAUCAAAAUGCACAUCUGAUUAAGGCUAUCAAGAUUGAUAGAAAGGUAGAUCUAACAUGCAGCGAAAUCCACAACGGCAAAAACGAGGGAACAAUUCACAACCGAAGAUAUGAGGACUAUGAUAGUGGAGACAGGAUCUGCAAUUAUCAGAUUAGUGUUCCUUCCAACAAUCAAGUUGCUCUGAGCUUCCCUGAGUUUGAAUCUUGGUAUAACAACGUGCUAAUCUUCGUGUUCGAUGGACCCGAUUGUACAUCCAAUUGGAUCGGAUAUCUGCGGCACCCCCUGAAUGAGCCACUGAUUGCUUCUGGAAACAGUAUCACAGCAUUGCUGACUGUUCAACGUGCAGUUGAUACUUGGCGAUUCAAAGGAAAUUAUUCCACAGUUUCUGGAAUGAAUGCAUCAACUCCGCUAACUCAAGUUCCCUGCGGAGAAGAUUUCAAUAGGCCAAAGUUUCGUUUCUCGGCCCGGUUUCAAGCAGCAUAUCCACAAGUCUGUGUUUGGCGGAUCACGGUAACACCAGGAAGAAAAGUGCAGCUCUUUUUCGAUACUCUAAGUUUUUCUUCCUCCAGAUCUCGCUUGCGUGUGUUAGACGGAACCACCUGUGGAGGUACAAUCUUGUCAGAGUUUUCACAAUAUUCCGGCAUUCCUCAAAACGGCAUUAUCUCCAAUAGCAAUACGAUGAUGUUGGUGUACACAGAUCCAGUUAUUGAAAGUUUGUCGACAAGUAUCGAUUUCUCUUUUUCUGAGAACUGCUUACCAUUCUAUUUGCUUCAUUUUCAUCUGUCGCAAUUUUCCAUUCGAAGAUGUCAAUUUAAUUGCGCGAUAAACAUUGAGCGUCCUGCUCACAUUAUAUGA